GUCACGACUCUACCUUUCGCUUUGUCGCAUGAGGUUUUCUUCCUUUCACUGCUAGAUUUCCUUGUACAUUUGUCAAAUCAUUCAAUUCAAUCCCGAACCGCCACCAAUCGACAUCUCGACACAAAUGGCGAGCGAGUCACCGGCAGCUGAGGCUUGUCCAGUUCGGAAGAGGGUCUCAACAGCCUGUGAAGCCUGCCGCGCUACAAAGAUAAAGUGCCAGCCGAGUGAACAGCCUGGGGUCUGUCGCAAGUAAGACCUCUCGAUCAAAGAUUCGUUGACAGGGCAUCAUCUGACGUGGAAAGGUGUCUCGAGUCCAAGAAAGAAUGUAUAUCGCGAACAGGCCCGCGAACGCGCAGAAGAAGGACAAGACAGUAGGGAAUACUCUGUCGCAUUGGGAAAUCAGGCUGAUAACUUGAUACAGCGCGAUGGAAACUCAUCAACCGCUGCCUCCUCCACCACCAGCGCCAUCAAAGACUUUCACUAUUGACUUUGAGGUUCCAACACAAUUGGACGUUGAUGAGAACUUUGACAACCUUCGAGACUCACAUGCGCAGUUCAUAGACUCAAUAUUCCCAUCCGAUCUAGACGCGGAUCUCGGUAGCUUCGAAGACUCGCCGCUCACGGGCUUUCCUACGCCGUCCUCAUCUCACACGCUUUCGAUACAAUCUUACCAUGCGAAGCCCCAAUUCAACCUUGACUCCGCAGAGUCGCUGUUAGUUUCGUUUCGGGGGAUGCUGGUUCAUUACCCUGUCAUUGCAUUGAAGCCUGAUGAGACGGUGGCCAGCCUUGCUGCGUCCAGACCGUUUGUCUUGUUAUCGAUAUUGGCUGCAGCUUCUGGAUCGCGCACUUUGCAGGGACAUACGCUUUACGACGAUGAGUUUCGAAAAGUGUUGGGCCUCAAGUUCGUGGCAAGUGGCGAGAGGAGCAUGGAAUUGCUACAAGGCAUUCUUAUAUACUGUGCUUGGUACCCAUUUCAUCUGAGACCAAAGAACAGACAGGCAUUCCAGUACUACCGUAUGGCUGGUGAUCUAUUAAGUGACCUCGAUCUCGACCAAGAAGUGCCCAAUCUUGACAACACGAUACCGGGCGAUAUGAGCAGUAUGCAGCUCGACAGACUACGGGCGUAUCUAGCAUACCACUACGCCGUGUCCAAGUACGUCGUCCUCGAGAUACACCAGUACCAACUUACUCACAGAUUCGACAGCUUCCUCUGUACAUGGAAAAAGAUGGAUCUGCUCAUGCCCCAGUGGACGCCCUGGACCGCGACGUGCUGCGAACUACUUCACCGCCACGCCGAAGUUGAUGGUGAUGCUUCACUGAGCUACCUUGUUCGACUUGCAAACAUGACAACCACGGCGAACAACUCGAUACGAGAUAAUGAUCCACAGGUGAACCAGCAGGUUCAGCUUAUGCUGCUGGGUCUCGAGAUGCAGCACAAGGAGAUGAAAGAGACCAUGGUACCACAUCUCUCUCGUUCAGCACCCGUGAAACUCGCACAUCUCUUCUUCGACGUCUUUUUGCAAGGUGGUGCCAUCUUCUGCCUCACACGCGCCAACACAAAGAAACCUCAUUUCAUCCACCCAUCAUCAGUUCGUCUCACACGCUGCGUGAAUAACACCCGCGCCCUUUUCGACUACCUCCUUAACCUCGACAGCUUCAAGUACUUCACAAGCAUCGAUUGGACAAAGUUUAUCCUCUCCGUGAUCCUCGCCGUGCGACUCUCUUUCCCCAUAUCUGAGGUUCCAGACUGGGACCAUGCUUGGGCACGCUCACAGCUACGGUUUGACGAAUUCCUCGAGUUCAUGUGUGACGGGCCGGAGGAUCUCACACCGUCUAGUAAACGUGUCGACGUACUCUCCGCAAGCCGUGUGAUACUGCGUGUUGUGAAAUCAAAGUACGACAGACGCGUUGCUAUACUCACAGCACCGAGUCUGACUUUAAGGGGCGUGGGACACCAAGGUUGCCCCAUGUUUGAUAAAGAUAUGCAGCCAUACAUAUCGGCGUGGGACACAGACUUUGACAUGAAUUCUGCAAUGCUCACAUCGGGUCUGAAUACGGAUGGACAGCAAACCAUGUACCAUGAUCUAUGGGCCACCAUGACCAUGAGUUGGGCGAAUGAUGGCUCGGUGGACUCGUAGAGCUAGCGGAGCUUUGGUCCUAUGUAUUAUCUGCAGCCAAUGGAUGUGAUAUCUUAACUAUUCCCAAACAGUUGGCGUUGUCAACAUCAAACUGGAACACUACCACCCUGGUAAACAUGUGACAGAUGCCUCAUUCACGCAAUAAGCAAUAUCAUAGCUACGGUU